AUUCUUUGCACUGAAAUAUGCUGCAGAUGCUGCUUGUACUGUUCUCCGGGUUGAUCAGAUUAUAAUGGCAAAACCAGCAGGUGGCCCAAAGAGAGACCCGCCGGCCGGGAUGGAUGAGGAUUAAUGAUGUGCAUAUGGGUUGACUAUGAAUCACUAGUAGUAAUUCGCUAGCUAAGUAGUAGCUUUAAUAUUUUCAUGUAUUUUAGUAGGUGAGGGCACUAGAAAAUUUGAUUCUGAUCCAGAGAGAUCUGGUAAAUGAGCAUCUUGAUGAGCCAACAGCAUGUGCAAUGACGAUCUGUUCUGAAUCCCUUUUAGUCUUGUUUUUGCAGUUCUGUAUUUCACAUUACAAUGUUAGAUUUUCAGAGUUGUGGUACUUCAACACAUUUAUCAGUUUUGAAUGUAAUCGGAUGAGGUUAUUGAUUAUUUUCUUUUGUUGCUUUUUGGUUGGUAUGG